GAAGCACCGAUCAUGUUCUAAACAAUUCCAGAGAAGGCUGCUCUCAGAGCUCUCCACCUAAGCCUAGAAAUUGUUGGUGCAUUUCAUGACGUGGUUUCAUAUCUUCUGGCUUUUGCUCAAUUAGGAAAUUCUCCAAACUGCUUUUGUGCCUUAAACCCAGAGCCUCUGACCCCACUCUGGGGAGAGACUGACAGGAUUGGGACUGAACUUCAAGACAUACAGAAAAUGAUCGACAGCCUCCAGAAUCCACAGGAUCCCAGUAAAGUAGCCCAGCUGCUGGCCAUUCACAGAGAAGUGAUCUUUCUACAGUUUGAUGCAGCAAUCAGGCAUCGACUACGAGAGACAUUUUUGUCCUCGGGGAAUGUUUCAGCCUACCAGAGUGUUACAGACAGGAUAUACCAUGCGUUGCCUCCAUUGAGUAACUCUGUGAUUCAGAGUGCAUUUGCUUCACAGCUAAGGCUCCGACAGCUUCUAGAUCCUCAAAGCUGCAGGACACUCGUGCAUUUCCCUUGGAGGACAUUCCUAAUGGACGGAGGAUUGUUUCCAGUCACUAUCAACAACACAGUUAAUAUAAAUUACAACAUGCAGCUGUGCCUGUGCAGCCUGAGUGAUGCAGACCAAAGAGUUGCUCAUGGGGAGCUGGUGGCAAUGCAGUUUCUAAUGGAGGAUAUACUGCAGAAUAGCUACAGCUGUGCUAUGGAAGAUCAUGCUGACUGUCAAGCCUCCUUAGCUAAAAGCAAGCAGCAGCGUUUGGCAGAAGCAGUUGACUCAAGUGCUAACUGGUUGCAGAACAGCAAAAAGACAUGCAAACUUCUGCUGAGGCAUCAUGAUCCAGUCAUAUCACUGAACUUGCCGAGAUCUUUCCUGAUACUAUGGAAGCAACUAGAAAUAUUAAAGGCAGAAUGGGGCCGGCUCAAGCUGAGGACUGAGGAUAUCAAUACAGUUACUCUCUACAAAGAGUUUUGUGAGCAAUACGGCACAGAUAUCCUGUACCCAGCCAUGAAAGCCAUAGUCAGACAAAUGGGCACAAAGGAGGAGUUUGGAGAGCCCAUUACAAGCACUCAACAUAUACUUGCCCCCAGAGGAGGAUCAGAAAUCCAAAUGAAAGUGUACCCGCUCCAAAAGCUUCUGGAAAGCCUAGAAAUCCACAUGAUCCAUGAUGUGCAGAAGAUUAACCAGGAGAUUACUCUAGUGACAGCUGAGAGAGCCAGACAAGAAAGCAGUCUCCCCACUGAGCUCUGGAAACACAGGGUAAUGCAAGAAAAUUUUGUUGUACGACCACAGAUAGUUGAAACAUUUGUUCAAAGGCUGAUGGAAAACUACCAAGAAUCAGAUACAGAGGUCACUUUGAAAAAAAGCCAUUUACAACAGUGUCUCACCAUACUGGGCUGUGACAUUAUGGCCAGAGAGCGCAGCAACUUUGACAUCUACUUCAUGUUUUAUGAAAAUAUUCUCCAGCAGCAGCAUCGUUUACUUUACCAGAAAGAACAAGAGUUGCAUGCAGUGAAAGAAGGUGGCAACCAAGGUGAUAUGGCUCUGACGCAGAUUGUGGGACUGUGCCAUGGGAUGAUUAUGGAAAUAACUGCUCUCAGAGCCCAGCUCGCUGACUUAGAGGAAGAAAAUCUUGGUCUCAAAGAGAAGAUUAGAAAAGAAGUACGGGAUGAAUAUGAAUCAUUAGUGCGGAACCUAUUUGUGACUUGUGUCCAUCUAAAAGGAAAUUUGGAUGUCUAUCGCCUUAGCAUUGAGCAACGAGUGUUUGAAAUCAUCAGUGAAGUGAGAAGAGAAGGCGUUGACAAUAUGAUUGAUCUGAAGAAAAAGUUUGGCUCCACUAAAAAUAAUGGUGACUUGAAAGAACAUUUGUCUAAACAGGAGGAGCUGCAGCUCUUGCGGGAUGAAAAUAUCAGGCUAAGCAAGCUGGUGUGUAAGCUAAAAGCUCUGAACUGUUGGAAGCAAACCACUCAGAAGGCACAGCUCUCUGCAAAGCUUAGAGAUGCUGAGAAGGAAGCUCUUCAAAACAAAAAAGAGUGUCUGAAUGCUAAAAUGAUGGCAGAACAAGAGGUGACUUCAUUGCAGGGGCAGCUCCUGUCUGUAAGAAAAGCUCUUGCAAAAUCUCAAGCAGACAAUGACAAGCUAAAGAAACAGCUACAUAAUCAGAAACAAAUGCUGUUGGAAGUAAUACAGAGGAAGACAUAAGAAGCCAAGAAAAGACAAGUACUCACUGUGACAAAAGCUGAAAACAUUGAGAAGAUGCUUGAAAAGAU